ACGCGCACACACACAAAUUAAAUCUUAAAUUCUAAACCUUAAAAGGCGGAAGCACGGCCAGUUCUGAUGGCGGCCGAGUACGAGGACCUGCUCCCGGCGAUGGCGGCGAGGCUCUCGGCGGACGACUUCGUGGCGGAGCUCUGCGGGGGUUUCCGGGCGCUGGCGGACCCCGCGCGGGGGAUGAUCACGGCCGAGAGCCUGCGGCGGAACGCGGCUGCGGUUCUCGGGGUGGCGGGGAUGACGGCGGAGGAGGCGGCGGCGAUGGUGAGGGAGGGGGACCUCGACGGCGACGGCGCGCUCGACGAGACCGAGUUCUGCGUCCUGAUGGUGCGGCUCAGCCCGGAGAUGAUGGAGGGGGCCGAGGAAUGGCUCGAGAGGGCGAUCCAUCAAGAAAUUUUUGGAGUGAGUAAGGAUGAUGAUGUACAUAACUAGGAAAUUAAUAGGAAAUGAGAAUUAUGCUAGGGUUAUAUAUUUAUAUUAUAUGAAGUGGUGUGAAUUAAAAUUGUUGUAUGCCUCUAAUAGUAAAUUGCAAUUAAUGUUUAAAAAUUCGGAUCGAUCCGGGGCGAUCGAACCGGUCAAACUGUGAUCCAGUGCUCAAAUUGAUUCAGUUUAAUUCAUAAAA